AUGUUCGCCGGCAGUACGACGAGUGAGUCACUUGCGCUUAUGAGCCAAAAGGUGCUUAGCCGCGUUGUGGUGCAGGAGAGGGAGAACGUUCUUCUGCAGGGCGAUGUGCGAUUGCGUGAGGAGGAAGCGCAGCGGGCGGCGGAGGAGGAGCGCGCCGCUUUUGCAGAGUUGGAGGCCUCCGUGCAGGAGGUGGUGCGUUUGUGCCUGUCAUGCGCCACCUCGGUGCAGGACGAGGCGGUGAUGGACGCCGUGGUGCAGCAGCUGACGCAGCAGAUUGGCGAGGAGGAAGCGGCGGCGCAGUCCUUUGCGCUGGAGGUGCAGCACGAGAGGGUGGCACUUCUCGCCCGCCGCGCGGCUGUGGCCGAUGAGAAAACGGCCGAGGAAGACGACGCGUUUCGUCAGGAACACUGUGAGCGUGUUGUUGAUGAGGAAGAGGGACGGCGGGAGAGACUAGAAAUCAUGCGGGUGGAGCAGGAUCGUCUGGAUCUGGAGCGGCGGACAGAAUUGUCAACGUUGCGAUACGCCCGGGAACUUUUUCACGUGAACACGGAGUGA